AAACAAAGAUGGCAGAUUUCGAUGCCAUCAACACAAUCGAGAGAGAUGACGAAGACAAUUCCUCCUCAUCCCUGGAGUCCUACACGCAGACGCCCGAGCCAGUCAUCAUUAGAGGCGCGGGCAACAUCACAGUAUUCGGACUCAGCAAUCGUUUUUGCCGUGACUUCCCAAGUGCUCUGACAGGGAGGUUAGCUCCCGAGGAGUUUGCCGGCUCAGUGGGGCGAGUCAACACUGUGCUGAGGAAGACGCUGCCCGUGUCUGCUCGCUGGCUCCUCUGUGGCUGCUGCUUCUGCCUGUGUACCUGCGGCUGCUCCCUCUGGCCGGUCAUCUGCCUCAGUAAACGGACGAGAAAUGCAAUAGAGAAGACUUUAGAAGCAGAGAACACCAAUCUAUACCACAAGCUUGGCCUUCACUGGAGACUCACCAGACAGAGAUGUGAUAAUUCUUCCCUCAUGGAGUAUGUGUUGGUGAUUGAGGUGAUACCCAAAAAAGACAUCCUGCGGCCGGACUGACGGAGCAGGGCAGCCUUGUACCCCCGGGCUGCUGGCCGCUGACGCCGGGACCCCCACCCCCCUCUCGGCUGGUCAGUGACGUGCAACUAAAUUUUCUGACGGUCACACUGCUGUUGAAGAGAACUUUUUAUCAUCAUUAUUAUUACUAUUAUUAUCAUUAUUAUUGUCUGCUUUAGCAUUUAUUUCAUGCACAUAGACAUUGCAUUUAUACAUGAUCAUAUAUACAACUUACACACACACACACACACACACACACACACACACACACACACACACACACACACACACACACACACACACACACACACACACACACACACACACACACACACACUCACAGAGAAGGAAUAUUACAAGUUUAACUCAAUCAUAUAUAAAUACAAAUAGGUAAAUAAACACACACACACACACACACACACACACACACACACACACACACACACACACACACUCACUCAUUCCCAUGCUACCCUUGCUCUAGAGUAGCCAAUCAUACAUAACAUACAUGUAUAUAUAUAAAAACAACAAACCAUUACGUACGUAUAUGUAUAUGAAGAUUCCGUUGCAUAUAGACUGUAUCAUACGACACGCCGCCACUUUGUACAUAGAGACGCUGUGGAGUCAACACUACGAAGUAUUUUUGAUGAAGAAAAAAAAAAAAUUAAUCGAACAUUGGGGUCUGUCUGUCUUGGGGUUCGUCAUUGGGGUUUGUCAUUUAUUCCCAGGGGGGUGAGUCAAGUACAAUACCCAACACCGUGCCACACUGGGAGGCUGCCACUGCUUCCCUCGGCUGCCUCCAGGGGUUCACCAGCCUUGUCUUGUGAGGUGCUGCUGUCACACACAAUUGGUACCAGCUCAGUCUCCCCCGAAAACUUCCUGUUCCUGGAUCACACUAAGAUUAGUCGCCGUAUUUUUGGACUGGGUUAGGUUAGGGUACAUAAGGCUAAGGUAGGUCAGGGGAGGUUAGGUGCAGUUGAAAUCCAUGACAUGACAAAUGACUGUGUGUGUGUAGAAUGUGUGGUGGAAAUAGUGAAUGAUAGGUCGGAUGUGUCUAAGUGAAGGAGUGAAGUGUGAGUGAUUCAGGGGAUUAGUGUACCCUAAGGUGGUCUGGCUGUGGACAGAGAAUGACGGACAGAUGAGUGAAUGUACGAGUGUAAGAGAACAACUGCCGGUGAAAUGAGAGGACAGAGAAUGCCAGUGUGUGAGAGGAGAGAGUGAGAGAUGUAUGAGAGGGCUGGAGUGUGUGAGAAAUGAAUGCAAGGACAGAAAUAAGUGGAGAUUCUGUUGCAGUCAUCCCACAGAGUUCUUUGGUGUCAGUUAUAGAUUGAAGCCUAACCUAACUUAACCUCACCCAGCCCAGUAGUAGGUGAAGUGGCUCAUCUCCCUGUGAUCCUUGUUCUCUCUCCCUCUCCCUCUCUCCCUCUGUAUGUAUCACAUCACACACAUAUUGCAACACGGGUCAGUCACUGUAAAUGCUUCAUCACUCUUUUUUAUUCACCGUAGGAUGUAUAAAAAGGUAUAAAACAAGAUAACGAGAGAAAGUGGUACUAUAUUUAGACAGGGGCAGUCAGUCAGGCCACUCAUGAAUCCUGUUAACCUUUUCUACCUGUGUCUAUUAGUCGUGAAGUGACAGCGUGAGUGUCCGUCAUGUGUGAGUGACUAGGGAUGUGAUUUUUGCUGCCCUUACCUGCCCCUCUUCCCUAAACACACUGAAAGGGUUGACAUAUCACCGUCUGUACAUCUGUGUGUGUGUGCGUGUGUGUAUGUGCGUUCCUUUACUACAUGAAUGAGUGUGUGUGUGUGAUUGAGCAAUUGUAACAGCCCCUGCCUUCCCCCUGGUCCCAACCUCACCUGCAACCAGCCGUACCACAGUGCAUCCAUCCCUCUCCUCUGAACCCUUCACACACUACACUGGUCGCACAAGGCACAGGGCAGGGCAACACCUCAACACUCAGGCUGCUGCACCCAAGAAAAAUUACACUUGGAGAGAAAAUAGAGGAGGUACAUGUGACUAUAGCUCAUUUCUCAAGAUUGUUGUGCUCAGGGGAAUGUGAAAUAGGAGUGAAUAGAGGGAAAAUAAAAGAACUAGAUGAAUUUAAUGAUCUUAUACAGGACUGUAGCUCAUUUCUCAAGACUGUUGUGCCCAGGAAAAUGUGAAAUAGGAGUGAAUAGAGGGGUGUUGUGCCAGGGGAAAUGUGAAAUAGGAGUGAAUAGAGGGAAAAUAAAAGACCUACAUGAAUUUAGGUGUCUUGUACAGGAUGACAGCUUCACACUUAAGACCCCUGCACCCAACACAAGAUGAAAUAAGACUGAAUAAGGAGGAAAUAGAGGUACAUGAAGUUAAGUGUCUUGGACAGGACCAUAGCUUACUCUUCAACACUGCUGUGCCCAGGAGAAUGUACAAUUAGAUUGAAUGGAAUAAAUAGAUGAGGUUUAUUAAUGUAACCAUAUUAGACAGGACUGAAGUGCAGCCCCUUCAAACCAUUACAUCCCUGUAUGAAUGCCACCCCAUGUAGGCUGAAAAAGAGAGAGAGAGAGGUGCCUUGCUAUGAGGAGAGGCAUGUAAUUCUCAGUCUGCCUUGAUGCAAAAGACAUGUAGCUCCACUCAUUAUACAAAACAGGGCAUGACUAACACUGGGGCCACAACACUGCUGGACCCCUGUACCACCACUGCACCAGUCCUUACCUUGAAGAACUGUGAUAGGAAGAACUUGCUAUAAAAGGUAAAGGAAGUGAUCUACUCGUAUUAGAGAAACUGUUGAUUGGUUAAUUUCUCUUUGUUGGAUAAUUAUGUUUGAGGAAUGUGUUGCAAGGAUGUUGACUGACUGAAUAAUUGAUGAAGGUCAGGACAACAGCAGGAUUACGUAACAUCAAAUUAGAAAAUGACUUGUGGGAGUUAUACUGGUGAAGCUCUUGUGUAGGGAGAGUUUGUGACUGUGUGGUAUGAAAUGAAAGCAAUUGACAGACUUACUGGUGCUUUGUUUGUGUAGUAUGUGCUUGUGUCUAUUGCAUUUGUGUGUUUGGUUAUCUGAUGACUUCAUAACAUGGUGAUUUCAAAGCAGAGAGGUUAAUGUUAAUGACCUGUUUGCCAUUUGAUGCUUUUGUGGUUUAUAAUUUUUAGAGUUUUACAUUUUCUUCAUCUGGGAAAUACAAAAUAGAAAAUGUGAUAUGAGUCAACUUGCAUUUGAUAUUUUAAGAUGUACUGGAGUAGAUUUCUUUUUUCAUUUUUUUUUAUGGAAAAUAAAAAAAAAAGAUAAAAACAUAAGUUGCCCAGCAUGUAAUAUUAUGAUGUGUGCAUUUAUUUCGUAGCUUCGAUAUUUACAAAUUGCUGAUGAUGACAUAAUUACAAAAAGAAAAAAAAAAAAGAAAACAAUUUUACAUUAGUUCACUUGCAUUUGCUGUUUUGAAGUCUGUACAUAACUACUUUAAAUCCUUCUGUGCUUAUGAUUUAUUAACAGCAUUUCGCAGGUAUUGACGAACCAUAGAAGUGUAUCAGUAACAAGACUGUGAUGUUCCAUGUUACCAAACGCCUCUAUUAGUGUCUCCCAUUAUGGCCGCACAUCAAUAUUUUGUCUCACGGCUGCUUAUCAUAGUUUCUCAUUCUUCGUGUAGUGAAAGGAAGGAAGUACAGGGUGAGGCAUGAAUGUGAGGAUAAACUGCAUUAAAUAUAAGCCACCCACACCUUAGCCUCUCAUCCUUCCUCACCUUUUUCAUGUUCCUCACUUUCUUUUAUCUUCCUCUGUUUUUUUCUUCAUGUUUCAUCUCUUCCUUGCCUUUAAUUUUCCUCUUUCUUAUUUGUGUUGUUUUUAUCUCUUCCUCAUCCUAUUUUGUCUUCCUCUGUUUCUUCUUUAUAUUGUUUUAUUUCUUUCUUAUCUUUCUUUGCUUCCUCAUGUUAUCUUCAUAUUUUCCCAUUUUGUGUCUUGUUUUCUCUUUUUCUUUCUCAUUUUUUUUUCAUAUCCUUUUCCUUUUAUUUCUUACCUCCUCCCUCCUUCUCUUCCACAUCUGUCUCUUUCCUUUCCUGUAUACAUCUACACUCACACAUCUUUCCCUCUAAUAAUUUCUUUUUUACCUCAUUCACUUUAUUGUAUUCCCUUUCUCUCCUCUUCUUCCUCAUUUGUCACUGUUUCCUUACUUCCUGUCUUCCUUCUCUUCCUCUCGGUUUCCUUACCAUCACCACCACCACUGUCGCCACCACCACCACCACCACCACCGUCACCACCACCACCACCACCACCACCACCACCACCACCGCUACUGCUACUGUUGUCACCUGUUAGUCGCCUUAAUUACACUACACAUCAGGUUAGCAAGUGAUAUGAAUGUUUAAUCUUCCCUCCCUCCCUCCCUCUCUCCCUCCAUCCCUCCCUGUUUCUCUCUCUCUCUCUAUCUCAUACUUGUUUUUUCUUUCAUUUUUCCCUAUUCUUUCACUCUCCCUUUCUCUCUUUCUCUCUCAUAGAUGUUUUUUCUCCCUCAGUAUCUUUCCCAGUUGUCUCAUUUUCCAUUGUUUUCCUCUUCACCUUUUUUUUAACUGGCUUUUCACACACAAGAGGCACAUUGACAAAGGCCCUUUUUUUUUUUUUAGGAUGUUUGUCAUGAGUACAUUUAAGAUUCACAUUUUUAUCAUUUCACUUUCAUUUUCAUAUUUUAUUUUCCUUUUUUUUUCUUUAGCUUUCUAGAAUAAACUGGUGAUAUAUUCUGAUUAUAUUCAUUAUUUUUUGUUUACAUAGCCUUUUUUGUUUUGUUUUUAGUUGUAGGUAGGUUAGGUAAGGUUUUUAUUCAGUAAGGUCAGAAGAGUGGAAAUAUGUAAACAAAACAGGCAGUUGAGAAAAAUGGGGAAAUAAUCACGUGUAGUUUUCAUUUCGUCUUUCUUUCCUUGACGUCUUAUUCCAUUCUUCGUCAUUGCCAUUUCCACCUUCCGUCACAUUCAUCCACGUUUCUUCAGUUUGUUGUGGGCAAAACAUAGAAUAGAUACGCUGGAAAGAAAGAGAUCUAAUAUUUUAUAACCGGAAAAAAAUAGCAACAUGUAAUUCUUGUAUUUAGUUCUCAGUAAGAGGAAGAAGUUUAUUUAGUGAGUUUGUAUGCUGAGAGGAAAUUAAUAGUCUUUUGAGCAAUGUCUGUCUGUUAGAAAAUACAUCGUUGUUCUGUUAUAGAGUGAAAGAGUGAGUAUAUAGGGGCAGUGGAGGGGCCUGAGUGAGGGGAGGAGAGGAUGCUUGGGCUAGUGAUGGGGGGAGGAGGGGAACAGGCACUCUAAGUAGUGAUGUCAGAUUCUACUAAAUAUUUCAUACAGGAACAGUAUCAGACAGUUUCCUUCACCUUUCACAUCCCCUGUUUUUAAUCUGCAUGGAGCUCUUAAUAUAAACCAAUCAGUUGCUAUACAUUAAUUUAUGUUCUGUAAAAUGUGUCAAACAGAAGAGUAAUAUAAAAAAAUUUCUCCACCUUUCACAUCCCCAGUUCCUUUUAGUCCCUUAAUAUUAACCAGGCUACUACUCCACAUUAAUUUCUGCUCAAUUUAUAAACAUGAAAUUCACUUAUCUUUGACAUCACUGCUUGGGACAACUGUGCUGAUCAAUAGUCGAGUAACAAACGCACCUGCCUCUGCUGUGUGUUCCUUCAGUCUACACUCCUCUGAUCUGCUGAGAAUCAUGUUUUGUAAGGUUGUAAGCCCAUCAAAGGAUGUUGGACUGAGGGAAAACAAAGCAGUGACGGAGAAUGCUGCUUUAAUUCUCCCCAUGACUAGCCCACCCCUCAGUGACAGGCCGUGGACAUGACCACUUGAUUGAUGCACUGUUCUCGCUGCCCUGGUCUGGUGCAACUGUGUGUAGUGUGCCAAGCUGAUUCAGUCACAAGAUUUGCUUACAUUGUACACUCAGGGUCGGAGGCAGGGCAGCAGAUGACACUCACUCUCACUGUGUUGAGUGUCUCCCAGCGUCGCAAGUCCCCUGGCUGGUGGGCAUCUGUGAUCAGGCUCUGUAAGAGUGUCAUUGGGUUGGAGGACUUGCAGGUGAGGGAAGCAUGCAGAACACAGUGGGAGUGAAUGCCUUGGUGUCUUGACUUCUGGCCCCGACUGUACCUUUGAAAUGCAUGUCAAGUUCACAAAUAAGAUAUAUAUACCUAUAUGCAUAUAUAGAUAUAUGUGUUUGUGUAUAAUAUAUAUACAUGUAUACACUUGCAUAUACCUGUAUAUAUAUUAUACACACAACAGUCUGUACUAUGGGUUCUAUAUCCUAGUCAUCCCAAGUGCUAUUGAAUAAUAUUGCCUUUAGACAUUUUUUUACACUAGUUUAUGCUUAAGUGCUGUGUUCACUGAGCACUGGAUAUCACCUUUCUUUGUGCACCUUCACUACUGUACCGUAAGACUGCUGUAUCUCAAGUACCGCCGAGCACAAGAGGCUCCCAGGACGAGGGGGACCAUUGCUGGCACAAAGACAAAGACGGCAGGAGUGUGUGUGUCUUAGUGGAGCCACCCCAGCCCCGCCCGGCCCGCCCCAGCCCCGCCCAGACUGUGUGGUGGUGCUGGUGCCAUGCCUGGACCUCCACAGCACUCAGUCAACCCCAGGAGUGUGUCUGUCCUGAGGUAGCCAAUGUUACUCAUGAUAUUUCUAAAUUUUAGGGACGGUAAUCACCCCAGAGGCUCUUUUUGCUUCUCCUUGUGUACAUGACUCAUGUUUUUGUAUUUGAUUAGCUGUGAGUGUCUUGUUUUUGUCACUUGUUGUUUAUGGCUAUAGUUUAUUUUUCUUUUUUUUUGUUGUUUUGUUGUAGCAGUGAUGGUUGGGGAGAGUGUGAAGGAAGUGUGGGGUCACUGGCAGGGCAUGGUGUCAAGAAGCUGCUGAGGAGAGAAAGGUGUGCAAUGAGAAAAAUGUGAUGUUUGGGAAAGUCUUGGAAUUUUAUGUAGAUAUGAAGAAAAAAUGUGCAAUGUUUAAGAAAGUCUGACUUAAGGGAAAUGUGUGCUUAGGAAGAAAAGUGUAUUGAGGAAAAUAUAACCCAUUGAAAAAAAAAGCCACAUAGUAUUUUGCUCUGAACUCAAUAUAAGAAAAAAAGUGCAAUAUGAAGGACAAUCUACCAAUGUAUAUAAAAAGUGUGCAGUUUUGAAGACAAUCCGACACAUAAGAAAGAUAUGUAUUAAAUAUAAAAAAGAAUACAAACAAGGACAAUUUGGCCCCAAGGUGUGUAGGAGGAUGAGUGCAGGAGUGCAGGUGUUACAACAGGUGCCUUCAUGAUUUAGGUAACCUAGCAAGUUAAGGAAGCAGAACAAGGCAGUGCAUUAUAAGUAUCAUAAAUUUCCAGCUAACCCAAACUUUCCUCAUCUAUUUAGAUAAAAAAAAAAAAGUCAGUGACAAGUAUCAAGUAUUCCAAGCUCAAAAGAGGAUAAAAUAAACCUAAAAAAAAACUACAAACACACUACUAAUUGCUACUUAAGUGUGUGAGUGUUAUGUUUAUGUAUGACACUGACACACACAAGAAUUAGCAGUUACACAACAUGCUGAGUGUAUCAUUUUGGAGAGGAAGACACCAGCCACGAGUGACUGAGUGCACCGUGUUCUGGCUCACUGAAAAACAUGUUGUCAGCCCCCCCAAGUAACUGAUUCCAAUAGUGAAGCUGGUAUUAAGCUGAACAACCCUCUUUAACCCCUUCACUGGUAUAUGGUAGAUCUUUCCUUAGUCACUAACCACUCUGUGACAUUUCUGCUUGUUCUAUAGGUUCCUCAUUGUACUGGCUAGAAAUUGUCAGACAUUUUCCUUUUCAUCCCUCUCUUGUGAUACCUUGUUUUCUUUAUGACCUCCAGUCCUCUACAUUUACAAUAGUGCUGUAUGACCACUGAUACCUAAUACACUUAUAUCUUUUGGUUGACAUUACGUAGAAAGGUUUAAUCUGUUGCUUUUAGUGGUGUGUACUGUCGCUUAUCAAAGUGAAAGGGUUAAACUUGUGUUCAUUUGUAGUGCAUUAUUUGGAGCAUUUCUUUGAGGGAGUUGGUAGAGAAAUCCAUGCAAGGAAGUAAUUGUUUGAUGAUGAGCUCAGCAAUAUUGUGGUGCAUAUAGUGUAGAUGGUGACUGCCUGUGAUCCCUCAUUUAUUUAGGAUGUAGGAGCUCAUCAUGCUGAGUUUUAGAGCUAAAAUUAUCGUUGCUUUUUGAGUCCCCAUUGGUGGAGCUGCCCUAACUUGCCCAUCAGUCAUCAGAACUUUGGCAAAGGGAUGUUCACUGGAGACGCUUCAAGAAUCUGUAAGGCAAUGCUUCAGAUUUCUGUGGAAUGCUUCAAAUCUGUCAGGCAGUGCUUCAAAUUUCUGUGGAAUGCUUCAGAUCUGUCAGGCAGUGCUUCGAAUUUCUGUGGAAUGCUUCAAAUCUGUCAGACAGUGCUUCAGAUUUCUGUGGAAUGCUUCAGAUAUGUCAGGCAAUGCUUCAAACCUGCCAGGCAAUACUUCAAAUUUCUGUGAAGGAAUGCUUCAAAUCUGUCAUGCAAGGCUUCAAACGCCAGGCAAUGCUUCAAAUUUGUAUCUGGGGAACGCACUACAAACUAACGCAAAUUAUAAGAAGGAAACGCUGCUAUUAAUUCUGGCUUCAUACUGGCUUGGGCUGAGUUACUAUGAGUGCCAAGCCAGAGCCAGCCGUACCCCCACCCCCCAACUCAGUAGCAUAAGACUAGUCACAGAGCGAGUUAUGACUACAGUAAGUUGCCUCAAGGUCACAAGGACAGGAAGGGAAGAAGUUUGCCUCUACCAUCACUGUAAUUUGUAGCGCUUUGUUACUGAGAGCUUUAUGUUUUAGGUGUUAAUGAUAGCCGAGUUAUUUCUUGGUUACAUUGAUUAUUAUUUUAUUUUUGUUUUUUUGUUUUGUUUGUAUAUUAGUGCGUGAGUUUCCUUAGUGACUUGGUGGUUUAUUGUGUAUAAUAUUUGUACUAUUGUUUGUGUUUUCUUUUUAAAGCAUUUACUAGACUGAUUUACGGUCUCUCUCUCUCUCUCUCUCUCUCUCUCUCUCUCUCUCUCUCUCUCUCUCUCUCUCUCUCUCUCUCUCUCUCUCUCUCUCUCUCUCUCUCUCUCUCUCUCUCUCUCUCUCUCUCUGGUAGUUGCAAGACAUUCAUAUUUUUAGUUCAGUGACGAUUUGUUAAGAAAAGAAUCUGAUAUUUUUAUACAUACAACUUUUAGCCUGUUUAAGCAAUCCAGUUCUAUGUUACUUAGUAUGUUGAUGCUCUUUUGUUUUUCUCUGGAGGUUUUACUGUUUGUCCUAAGAAUCAGUGCAAAUUAUAGGCAUUUCUUACAUAAAAAAAACACCCUUAGAAGGUUGCCUAGAUUACAAGAGAUGUACAAUUAUAUUAGGGACAUAAAAAAAAAGGAAGUGUGAUUGUAUAGAGAUUAAUGAAAUUACUUAUUAACCUGUAAAGAUAAAAACUGUUGUAGCAUUUAUUUUUCUAAUUGGCCACAGUGUUAAUUGGAGAGAGAAUAAUCACAAUGAUAUAAUACAACUAAACAAGACAUCCCUGAAUCGAGGUAUAUCUGUAUAUAUAUAUAUUAUAUGACUAGAGGAUGUUGCUUUGUCAUUUUUGUAUUAUAACAGGGAAGUAUGUGAACCACAGUAGCCAUUGAAUAAAAAUAAUAAUAAUAAA